AUGGAAAACCAGACUUUCAGUGGGGAUAUUCUAAUCCUGGAGGGGUUAAUGGUCAGCGCCGACUCCUCCAUUCCUGCAUUUGUCUUCCUCCUCCUCAUCUACAUCUUCAUUAUGGUGUCCAACAUCGGCCUGGUUAUCCUGACCUUCAUGGAGAGGAGCCUCCAGCAGCCCAUGUAUCUGCUGCUCUGCAACAUGAGCAUUAAUGAUGUUUUGGGGGCCACGGUAGUUAUACCUCCUGUACUCAGAGAUCUUUUAAUGUCAAACUCAGAGCGGUACAUUCAAUACAGUGACUGUGCCAUUCAGGCCUUUUUUGUUCAUCUGCAUGCAAGUGCCUCUCACACUGUGCUCAUGAUCAUGGCAUUUGAUCGCUACAUAGCCAUCUGCAACCCUCUGUGUUAUGCCACCAUCAUGACCACCAGGAUGGUGGUGAUGCUGUCGGUGUGGGCCUGGGGAGCAGCCUUUGUGCUGGUAGCGAUCCUCAUAGGCCUCAGCGUCCGUCUGUCACGCUGCAGGUCAGUUAUAUUGAACUUGUUCUGCGAUAAUGCCUCCUUGUUCAAGCUGUCCUGUGAAAAUGUGUUCAUUAAUAACAUCUACGGCCUCGGCUACACGGUUGUCCUGCUGGGCUCCUCCAUUGGCAGCGUUUUUCUCACCUACCUGAAAAUUGCUUCAGUGUGUGUGCGCAGUAAAAACAGGGUGCUGAACAGCAAAGCGCUGCAGACCUGCGCAACUCACUUGGCUGUGUUUAUCAUCCUGCAGGUGUCUGGCUUCAUCAUUGUGAUCCUGCACCGUUUCCCUCAGCUGUCAGACCACAGGAAAGUGGCGGCUGUACUGGGACAUGUUGCCUUGCCUUCCCUGAAUGCUGUUAUCUAUGGGUUGCAAAUGAAAGAGGUCAGGCAGAGGAUUAUGGCUUUAUUCUAUAACAAUAAAGUAGCUGUAUUGGAUGUAAAAUGAUACACCGUGUGUAUGAUGCUUAUACGAUACAAUGAUAUGAUAUAUAUUUACUAAAUGAGUGGAGGGACUCUGAACUUAUUUCUGCAUGGAUUAUGUUGAAAUUAUUUCAAUGUUCUGUCUAGAAAUGAAGCAGAGUAGAGGAAUAACAAUAACGUUGUAGUAAGCUACCUGUUAACCAGUUUCUUAUUGAUCAGUCGUAUUUC